UGGCUGUUUGCUCCUCCUGCAGCUGUCUGUCACUGGAGCGCACUCAGCGUGGGAGCCAGAGGGAGACUGUCCCUUUAAGGGGGUCAGGUGACUCUCCUCCCUGAAUGGCAGCUUCUCGGGUGUGCAGGGAAUCAGCGGGCGUGAAGCGGGUAACCGGAAAGGAAGCCUGGGCGGGAUCCCGGCGCCUGGUGCGGAAGUCCCCCGGAUUAACGACCCCUUGAGCGCGGGGUCAUGGUCAGCAGCGGGCGGCAGGUCUGACGCCAUGGAUCCCGGAUUGCCUUCCCCCUUUCACCUGUGGAGUCCUCGUCCCUUUGGUGCUUAUUCCACGACCUGUGCCUCAGGCAGCAAGAACGCAGAGAGCGGCGAGAGGGCGGGGCCUGUGGAAGAGACAGCCCCGCCCCCAGAGAACACUGAAUGCCCGCGGGGCGGCGAUGACCGCGUUCUCCUGGACACGUGGUACGUUAUCAAGCCUGGAAACACCAAGGAGAAAGUGGCCUUCUUUGUAGCUUAUCAAUGUGCAGGGAGCGGCUCGUCCCCCCGCCCCGGAGGGGCUAAAGUCAAAGGCCGGUGGACUGCAGGGGGCAGCUCCCGGGCAAAGAGGCGUCGGCAUGCUGUAGAUCUGGAAGCCCCUCCCUCUGUGGCUGAAAUGGUGGCUCGUGCGGAGAACCGAGGGGCUGAACCUGAGCCCCCCAGACCUCCUCUGGUCCUGGUGACGUCAUCAGAAGAUGGCGCAGAGGGUCAGUGCCGCAGCGUGGCCGAGGCUGUGGCUCAGUAUGAGGCAGAACAGGCAGAGCGGGAGGUCCGCAUCGCCUUCCGUGUGGCUGAGCGGCCGGGAGACCCCAUAACUUGUGACCUGUACCAGCUGCUGAGUCCGGAGCCGCACCGCGUCUGUGUCCUACUGGAGAAGAUGGAGUCUCAGCAAAUGGAGGAUUCGGAGGAGGCGCAGGGGGCGGUCUCGGAGUCCGGCUUCCAUGUAGAUCUGGUGCUGACUGGAGCCGUUGACCGUUGUGUCUUCUAUGGGGGGGAGGCAGAUGAAACAGAACCGCUCCCGGGACAGCUCUUCUUCCCCCGCCUCUCUGCUGCUCCUCCUCCCCCGCCUCCUCCCCCGCCGCCCGUCCCGCCCCUCUGCCGCCUUUACCGCCAUGUCUCCCAUGACUUCCUGGAGAUUCGUUUCCAGGUCCAGCGCCUUCUCCAGCCACGACUUUACCUCCCUUCGUUGCCGGACCACGUCCUCCUGGUCAUCUUUGGCUAUCUAUCCACGCAGUCGCUGGCUGCCAUAAAGUGCUCCUGCCGACGCUUCCGGGCAAUAAUCGAAGACUAUGGGGUGCGGCCAUGUGACUCGCGCUGGAGCCAACACCCCCUCUACCGAGACGACCCCUGCAAACAAUGCAAACGGAUUUACAAACGUGGAGACGUGUCCAUGUGCCGCUGGCACCCCAAACCUUACCACCACGACCUGCCCUAUGGACGCUCCUACUGGAUGUGCUGCCGGCGCCCCGACCGGGCGGCUCCUGGGUGCCAGCUGGGCCUCCAUGACAAUAACUGGGUGCUGCCGGGAGAAGGGACCCGGGUGAAAGGAAGGGGACAUGGGAGAGGGGAUGAGGGGAGGUGA